AUGACGCAGCAUGACAACCCCUGCUACCCAGUAUCCCCAGUAUCCCCUGAUACCCAGUAUCCCCAGCCCUGCUACCCAGUAUCCCCAGCCCUGAUACCCAGUAUCCCCAGCCCUGCUACCCAGUAUCCCCUGAUACCCAGUAUCCCCAGCCCUGAUACCCAGUAUCCCCAGCCCUGCUACCCAGUAUCCCCAGCCCUGCUACCCAGUAUCCCCAGCCCUGCUACCCAGUAUCCCCAGCCCUGCUACCCAGUAUCCCCAGCCCUGCUACCCAGUAUCCCCAGCCCUGCUACCCAUAUCCCCAGCCCUGCUACCCAGUAUCCCCUGAUACCCAGUAUCCCCAGCCCUGAUACCCAGUAUCCCCAGCCCUGCUACCCAGUAUCCCCAGCCCUGCUACCCAGUAUCCCCAGCCCUGCUACCCAGUAUCCCCAGCCCUGCUACCCAGUAUCCCCAGCCCUGCUACCCAGUAUCCCCAGCCCUGCUACCCAUAUCCCCAGCCCUGCUACCAGUAUCCCCAGCCCUGCUACCCAGUAUCCCCAGCCCUGCUACCCAGUAUCCCCAGCCCUGCUACCCAGUAUCCCCAGCCCUGAUACCCAGUAUCCCCAGCCCUGCUACCCAGUAUCCCCAGCCCUGCUACCCAGUAUCCCCAGUAUCCCCAGCCCUGCUACCCAGUAUCCCCAGCCCUGCUACCCAGUAUCCCCAGCCCUGAUACCCAGUAUCCCCAGCCCUGAUACCCAGUAUCCCCAGCCCUGCUACCCAGUAUCCCCUGAUACCCAUAUCCCCAGCCCUGAUACCCAGUAUCCCCAGUAUCCCCUGAUACCCAGUAUCCCCAGCCCUGAUACCCAGUAUCCCCUGAUACCCAGUAUCCCCAGCCCUGCUACCCAGUAUCCCCUGAUACCCAGUAUCCCCAGCCCUGAUACCCAGUAUCCCCAGCCCUGCUACCCAGUAUCCCCAGCCCUGAUACCCAUAUCCCCAGCCCUGAUACCCAGUAUCCCCAGCCCUGAUACCCAGUAUCCCCAGCCCUGCUACCCAGUAUCCCCUGAUACCCAGUAUCCCCUGAUACCCAGUAUCCCCAGCCCUGAUACCCAGUAUCCCCUGAUACCCAGUAUCCCCAGCCCUGAUACCCAGUAUCCCCUGAUACCCAGUAUCCCCAGCCCUGCUACCCAGUAUCCCCUGAUACCCAGUAUCCCCAGCCCUGAUACCCAUAUCCCCAGCCCUGAUACCCAGUAUCCCCAGCCCUGCUACCCAGUAUCCCCUGAUACCCAGUAUCCCCUGAUACCCAGUAUCCCCAGCCCUGAUACCCAGUAUCCCCUGAUACCCAGUAUCCCCAGCCCUGAUACCCAGUAUCCCCUGAUACCCAGUAUCCCCAGCCCUGCUACCCAGUAUCCCCAGCCCUGCUACCCAGUAGCCCCAGCCCUGCUACCCAUAUCCCCAGCCCUGCUACCCAGUAUCCCCAGCCCUGCUACCCAGUAUCCCCAGCCCUGCUACCCAUAUCCCCAGCCCUGCUACCCAGUAUCCCCUGAUACCCAGUAUCCCCAGCCCUGUUACCCAGUAUCCCCAGCCCUGCUACCCAGUAUCCCCAGCCCUGAUACCCAGUAUCCCCUGAUACCCAGUAUCCCCAGCCCUGCUACCCAGUAUCCCCUGAUACCCAGUAUCUCCAGCCCUGAUACCCAGUAUCCCCAGCCCUGA